GUCAAAGUCACUUGUGCGAAACAGCAAAACUUUUAUUCAACACAGUUGUUGUGGAAAAUGUAGCCGAUGCUGUACUAACAGUGAAUGGUGUAAGUCACAAACACAUGGUCAUCUCAACGGGAAACACGCAUCGAACACACGUUUCCAAUCAUUUUGUGCACAGACAGCCGCGAAACGAAAGAUUAUCAUUUGAAGUUAUGAAGCCAUACCGAAUUAAAGGUAUUCGCGGUGGCAAAGUGAAACGUAGGCGCAACCACAGAUCGACAAACACAACGAAUGUCGAAAUCAAGCAAGAAGUUGUUGUGAAGGAAGAGGCAAGAGGUAAUGUCGAAAUGGUUGAUGUCGAACGACCUCAGUGACAGCCACCAUCAGCAGAUGUGACUGAUACAAUCAAAAUGGAGUACGAGACAGACAACGAAAUGUAUUUCGAUUACGAUGACGAUUAUACAAAGAAUGAGAUCAAAAGUGAAGAUGAAUGUCCAGAGAAGGAGCACGAUUCGGUCAAAAGAGCGAGUUCCAGCGAUGCUGACGGUUUAGGUGAUGCACAAGCAGGUGGAAAUUCGGGUUGUCAAAGAUCAAGCGCAAGAAGCAACGGUGAAGAGCGUACGCGUAGAGCUGAGGGAAAGAGGCAAAGUGGUCGAAAGAAGGAAACCAAUGCCAAGGCUUCGAAGAAAGCAACGGUAAAGAGACAGAAGAAGCACAAGUGCCAUUUGUGCAAUCACUCUACAUCGCUCAAAUCUUCUCUCGAGAAGCACAUUCGAGUGCACACUGGCGAGAAGUCAUUCGCCUGCAAAAUGUGCGCGAAAUCUUUUACGCAGAAAAGUGAUUUGCGACGGCAUGAACAAACUCAUGAUCCUCGAUUGAAAUUUCAUUGUUCAAAGUGUCGUCAAAGAUUUGCGCACGAAAAUGAUAAGACUGACCACGAUUCCAAGUGCCAACGGCGUCAGUACGAGUGCUACGCGUGCAAGUACACCAUAUAUGAUUUGUCACAAUUGAAGAAUCACAUGCGAUCCCACAGUGGAGAAAAACCAUUCGAGUGUUCGGUUUGUUCGAGAAUGUUUUCACGGAAAUUUCAUCUUAACGAACAUUUGGUAACACAUUCAAAACAGCACCAAAUGCCGGAAACCUUUUACAGAAGAAGAAAAGAAGAAUGUACAUGAAGGAAAAUGCAAGCGCCGUCUUUAUCAAUGUUAUUUGUGCCAAGCAAACGUUAAAGGAGGACCAGCUAAACUAAAGAUCCACAUGCGAUAUCGUCAGACUGAGAGACCAUUUCCAUGCAAAUUCUGUGAAGCUCGUUUUUAACAAAAAUCAUAUGCUAAUGUUCACAUGAAUUUCUCGUUUUUUUUUUAAACUACAUUUCCGUGUUUCAAAACAACAUAACCGGCAAAUCUUCGGUUGAUCACUGGUCAUUUUCUGAUUAUCCUUUGCACAUGUAAUCGACUGGAGAAAGGGUAAAUUAUAUUAUGAUUUACUUGUAAGGAAUGUGGCUUUGUAAAUCCAAUCCUCUUUUUAUUGAACUAUUUUUGCGGUAAAAGAAGUCGACAAAAUUCAAUCAAUAGCCGAGACAAUAUUAUUCAAUCAUUUUUUAGGAAUUUAAAUCAGCUAUUGAAAAUAGCUAUUGUUACGAAUGCGCGUUUUGAAUAGUAAUUCUUCGUAGCGGGGCAAUGAAAUACCAGAAUAUUUUACCUUCAAUCUAGUACUUGCGCCAUACAUAGCAUCACCAUGUGAACAACUUCACUCUGUUUUGCUAGCAGCUCAAGUGUCAAAGUAAAUUUUGACGCAAAAAGACUUGCAUUACGAGAACAAUCGAGAAAGUGAUCUCACGUAAAAGAAGAAAUUAUCGGUAAAAGUUUCCAUUAGUUUCCAACGCAAUUUUGACAAUUAUUGAGUCGCAGUAAUCAACUCAAUUUUAUUCUGUGUAAAAUCAUUUUAAACUACCUAACGACAAGUGAAACGAAAAGAAAGCAAAUAUGUUGUCGCGUUUAAUUGUUCAAUCGCAGCCAAUGCUUUCGAUGGCAUUGACCGGAAGAACAUUACAAAAGAUGCCCAUUCGCAACCAAAUCGUUCGACACUUCAACCGUGACGGACGCGACACAAUGACACGAGCUGAAAGAAUUGCCCAGCGACAAACGCUUAAGGAACGAGUUAUGGCUCCAGCUGGACCAAAUGCUUUCGCUAUCGGCAAAGGAGCAUUGAUUGGUGGCUCAGCACUCGGCUUGGGCGCAUUGUGCUUCUACGGACUUGGCUUGACCAACGAUGGACAAACUAUUUUGAAUCAAUCGAUGGUAUGGCCACAGUACGUUCGUGAGCGCAUUCAUGACACCUAUGCCUAUUUCGGUGGUUCGGUUGCCAUCACUGCCGCCAGUGCUGCGGCUGUAUUCCGUACGCCAGCCUUGAUGAACAUUUUCGCUCGUACUGGAUGGAUUUCGAUGAUUGCUACAUUGGCCUUAAUGAUGGGUUCCGGCAUGGUCGCCCGAUCAAUUCCCUACGAAAAAGGAUUCGGUGCAAAACAAUUGGCAUGGAUCACUCAUUGUGCCAUUAUGGGUGCCGUUCUUGCUCCUAUCUCAUUCGUUGGCGGCCCAAUCUUGAUCCGAGCUGCAUGGUACACAGCGGGUAUUAUUGGCGGCUUGUCAACCGUUGCUGUAUGUGCACCAAAUGAUCGAUUCCUGUACAUGGGUGGCCCAUUGGCCAUUGGAUUAGGUGUUGUGUUUGCAUCGUCUGUUGGAUCAAUGUUCUUGCCAGCAACUACAGCCCUCGGAGCUGGUCUUUACUCAAUGUCUUUGUACGGAGGUCUGUUGCUUUUCAGCGCUUUCUUGCUGUACGACACACAAAGAAUCGUCCACAAAGCCGAGAACCAUCCAAAUUAUUCAGUACAGAAGUUCGAUCCAGUCAAUGCCGCUAUUUCAAUCUACAUGGACACAUUGAACAUCUUCAUUCGACUGGUCAGCAUUCUUGCUGGACAAGGCAAUCGACGACGAUAAACUGAACACUUAAAAUGUCAAAUUGUAUAUAUUUAAGGUUAUGUUUUAUGUAAACAAAUGAUGCAUCAAUAUUACAUGUAAUAAAUGCUUUUCCGUUAAGAAGUUUCAGUCAAUUCAAAAA